UUCGAAUUAACAUUCUUGCAGUUUGUGGGACUACACAAAUAUUGUGAUGAAUUUUCUUUGUGGAGGGCGCACAGUACAUGGUCCCCAUACUUGCAACUUUGAUUGGCUCCAGUAUUUUGAUGUUGUGAUCACUGGCAGUGCAAAACCGGGUUUCUUCCAUGAAGAGAGCCGUGCUAACCUUUUUGAGGUGGAACCUCAGUCUGGAAUGCUUAGUAAUACUGAUAAUGGAACACCUAUGGCUCAGGUGGGAGAUCCUUCACCAAAAAUUUUACUGAAGAGUAAAGAUAAAGGUUGUCGAGUUUUUCAAGGUGGAAAUGUUGGGCAUCUUCACAGUUUGCUCUCCAUUGAGUCAAGUUCACAGGUUGUGCGCACUAGCUACUUCUCAAAGAAAGAUUUGCUUGCUCUUGAUUAGAAGUAUCAGUGUAUUAUGAAAUGACAGAU